AUGAAGACUGAAUAGAAGGAACUCUAGAUACGUAGCCAAGAAAGGCGCACAAAGGAUCCAAUGAUGCUAAUGUGAGCAGGACACAGGCAAACUGAAAAGGCCAUCUGCGCAAAAUUGAGUGCUCCACUGUUUGCUUUUGCAGUCUGUCAUCUUUCUAGCUUUGAAUGAAACAGACCUUAUACACCUUGGCUAAACAGAGGGCUUGGCAAAGGCUGCCAACACCAGACCAGUAAGUGCUUCAUCUUUCUGAAACUAUCCUAAAAGAAUAGACUCUUGGUCGUCAUCGCAGCAUCAUGGAUCGAUUUCGAAUGAUUUUUCAGUACUUCCAGACCAAUUCAGAGUCAGUAACAAAUGGGAUCUGCGGGCUGCUCGCACUGGCAAGUGUAAAGAUUUACACCUCCUUUGAGUUCAACUGCCCUUGCCUUGCUAAAUACAACAUGGCCUAUGGCUUGGGAAUCAUGUUCAUCCCUCCAGUGGCACUCUUUCUCUGUGGUCUUAUUGUCAACAGGCAGUUUAUGGUGAUGCUUGAAGAAUGGAAAAGACCAACUGGUGACAGGAAGAAGAAUCUGGCUAUUAUCAGGUAUAUGUGUUCUUCUGUCUUACAACGGGCCAUGAUUGCACCCGUUGUUUGGAUCAUAGUCACCCUCCUCGAUGGAAAAUGUUUUGUCUGUGCUUUCAGCAUUUCCAUUGACCCUGAUAAGUUUCCAGAUUUUGCUACAAACAUCACAUCCUACGAUGAGGUACAACGCUUGCUCUCCAAAGUCCCAUGCAAAGAUGAUGCGCUCUGGAGGAACAACACUUCCCGCAAGGCAAUAUCAAGAUACAUCAGAUGCUGGUCACAGGCUUUGGGAUGGAGUAUACUGUUGACUCUCAUUGUGAUCGCCUUCCUGGCCCGUUCUCUGAGACCCUGCUUUGAUCAAGCUGCCUUCUUCCAGACUCGCUACUGGAGCAGUUACAUUGAUAUGGAACAAAAGAUAUUUGAUGAAACCUGCUGUGAACAUGCCCGAGACUUUGCACACAAGUGCAUCCUCCAUUUCUUUGAGAGCAUGCAAAAACAAAUCAGAUUAAGGCGGUUCAAUACCUGCACAGAAGACAAAGAAGGCAAAGAAGAGGAGGAAGAUCAUUUGAGGGGGAUCACUAGCGAGGAGCAAAUGAACAAGGUUCUUCAGUCAUGGUACUACAGCAAACCUCCACUAGAUCUGAAUCGAGCAACACAACGUCAGUUUGUAAGUACAGAAAGGACACCCCUACCUUUGGGAGGCAGUAUGAGCAACCAGUGGAACACUGUCACAAAGCAAACAGAUGUUUAAAAGGAAACCAGUUUGCAGACCACCCAUAGAAAUUGUUUCAUGGUUGGACAAAUUCGAUGUCACACCUGGAAUGGCCAGAUGCCAAAGAAAAUAGUGCAGCCUGAUUCUGAACAGAUCUGUAGAAGAGGGAUUUUCAGCAGGAAUAGCUUGUUGUAAAGGAGGAUCUUCUAAGUCAGGGGGGUAUCUUUAUUUUGAUAUCCCAUCUAUGACACACACACACACACAUAUAUAUAUAGUCUCACUUAUCCAAUGUAAACGGGCCAGCAGAACGUUGGAUAAAAGAAUAGGUUGGAUAAUAAGGAGAGAUUAAGGAAAAGCCAAUUAAACAUCAAAUUAGGUUAUGAUUUUACAAAUUAAGCACCAAAACAUCAUGUUAUAUAACAAAUUUGACAGAAAAAGUAGUUCAAUACGCAGAAAUGCUAUGUAGUAAUUACUGUAUUUACGAAUUUAGCACAAACAUAUCACGAUAUAUUGAAAACAUUGACUACAAAAAUGCGUUGGAUAAUCCAGAACAUUAGAUAAGCAAGUGUUGGAUAAGUGAGACUCUACUGUAUAUAUAUGACGACGACGAGGAGACACAACUGAUAAGGAGAGAGGGAAAUUCUCCCAAACUCUGUGGCUUACAGUUCACACCUGAAUACACUAUCAUUAUCUGUGUGUCAUCUUUAACUUUAUACGUUUAUUACAGGAUUCAAUUUUAAAUGUUUGUAUAUAUCUCUAUGAUGUGUAACUUAAUCCUGGAGUCAAUAUGUAGCUUCCAACUUCUCCUCACAGGUUACAUCAAUAUGAUCUCCGGCCAACUCUCAGAUAUGUAGCUUCAGUCCUGUAACUUGUCAUGAGACUUUAAGUUGAAAUAAAGAAAUAUUUAUUU